UCUAAUUUGGAUAGGACCUUGCCAAUAUGCCAAGAAUGUAAAUAAUUUAAAACAAAUCGAAUGUCACAUCAAAUAAACUCUUUUCAAAAUUCCCUGUCUUCCAUUUCUGAUGUAGUUUUUGUUUUCUGUAAAUUUUCUACUCAAAAUUUUGAUAUUCAACUCGAUGGGCAGCAAUGGCAAGCUGGUAUUGGACUUCACCGGCAAGGUGGUACUCAUCACCGGCGCAGCCUCUGGGAUUGGGUUAGCUACGGCGAAAAUGUUUUGUCGGCUGGGCGCUUGCUUGGCUCUCGUGGAUCAGGAUGAGAACGGUCUUAUGAGCAUACUGCAGAAGUGUCGAAAAAUUGGAUGCGAACCGUAUGGUAUUUGCGGGGAUUUGAUCGUUCCGGAGGAGGUAGAGUGCAUUGCCAAGAAGACCACAGAACGCUUUGGCGCCAAACUGGACGUGCUGGUCAAUGGAGCGGGUAUCUUGCAUGAGGGGACUUUGCAGAGCACAGAGCUAGAAUGCUUCUCACAUGUCAUGGACACCAAUGUCAAAUCUGCGUUCUACCUGUCGAAGCUUUUACUGCCCCAGUUGCUCCGAUCCAAGGGGUGCAUUGUCAAUGUUUCCGGCGUGUGUGGCCUUCGGACGUUCCCCGAUCGAUUAUCGUACAAUAUGUCCCAGGCGGCAAUGGAUCAGUUUACGAGGUCCAUGGCUUUGGAUUUUGGUACGAAAGGUCUUCGGGUGAAUUCUGUAAAUCCUGGCUUCAUUUGCACUAAUCUUCACAAGGCCUCCGGAAUGGAUGACAAAACCUACGCAAGUAUCGUUAAAAGCUCCGAAAAGUCUCAUGCUCUGGGCAGGAUAGGAAAACCCUCGGAGGUGGCUUCUGCCAUUUGUUUCCUGGCCAGUCCACUGGCCAGUUUCGUAACGGGUGUGACGUUGCCCGUCGACGGAGGCAAGCAAGUCAUGUGUCCCCCAUAAGUUCCUGACAGUUAAUCCAUUAUUAUUCCAUUCAUUUUACAUUCGCCAUGUUGCACUUCGGAAUAGAGUUCAAUUUUUCAAGAUAAUUUGCAAAUGCGAAAAUUCCACAGGAUUGAAGACUAUUUUCGAAAAUAUUCAAAAAUUAUUAAAUCCGAUUCAUUUGCAAAGGAAGUCUGUAGAACUGUGGUUUAAUUUAGGAGUAAAGAUACCUUUUUAAUAAACUUAUAAAUAAAGGAA